CAGCUGGUAAGUUAGUUGGUAGACAUGAUUCAGAACAAGACAGAUUUUGUUUUUGAUUUUAUUUUCUCUUCUCUGUUAUUUUGAGAUUGGUUAUGUCAUGUCAGUUUCUUAUAAUUAGUAAAUAUUUAAUCUAAUAAUGGAAAUUGAUCAAGAAUCUGACGAUAUUCUUCGUCCAAUGCGAUGUGAAUUGAACUAUUUAGCGAAUCCCGACGGCUCUGUAAUCAUAUCACAAGGUGAAACAGUUGUAGUUGCCAGUAUCUAUGGUCCAGCAGACGUGAGACCUCAAAAACAAUUGAGUGAUAGAUCGUACCUUGAAGCAAUAUACAGACCAAACGCAGGACAGUCUUUGGUUUGUGACCGAGAAAGGGAAAGCUUUUUGAAAUGCACCUGUGAAUCAGUGGUGCGGACUGUGACAUAUCCAAGAACCGGUGUUUCUGUCAUAGUUCAAAAAGUACAGGAUUUUGGUGGGCUUUUGGCCUGCGCCAUAAAUGCGGUAUGUUUGGCUCUGCUCAAUUCUGGAAUCGAAAUGAAUUGUGUGAUUUGUGCAGUCUCUGCUAUGGUGGCUGACGAUGAUCAAAUCAUAAUCGAUCCAGAUCACAUAAAGCUGAAGGCCAGUAAAGGACGAAUGACCUUCACGUUCGAUAACUGUGAGAAUAAAAUAGUCAAUUCCUACACAGAGGGAACGUUCACAGAAGCCCAAUACCAUGAGGCGUUACUUAGGUGCAAGUUGAUUAGUGGUCAAAUAUUCAAAACGUUCAGAAAUACUGUUGCGAGAUAUAAUCAUUCCUGAAUUGUUUAAUCACAAUUUGAUCAUGAAAUUCACCUUAAUCAAUAUUGUAAGUUAAAUUUAUAUUAUAAGUUUUCAACAUUCAUGUUAAAAAUAAAAGUUGAAGAAAUGAUAAUUAUUCAUUCAUCGAUAAGGGAAUGAUCGCCGUGCCUUUUCUGUGAACAUCACUUUAAAUAACAAUCACUUCAAUUCUAUUGAUAAAAAAAUACAAUAAAAAACUUCCAGCCCAGGCUAUAGUAUCGAACAACUGGCGGAAAAGACCCCAAAGAGGCGAUUGAAGGCGUUGUGUUGAGGAGGCCAAGGUCCACUAAGGACUGUAGAUCCAACUAAAGUAAAGUAGCCUCAGGCUAUAUCACACUUACAAUAGUGCCAAUGUAUUAGCAAAGCUAAGCUUGUGACCAGAUGCAAAAAAUGUUAUUUUAAUGCUAUUUUGUAAAAAAAUAAUAAAUUUAUAUUUUUCUCCA